GCAGAUCUUUCUACCCACUUCACUUCGUCUCGUCUUGGCCAAGCAUUCCGACCAAAAGCCAAGCUAUUCGUACGCCAGCAGAGAAGAAAAAGUCAGGGCAGGCAGGCUCAGAGGUACCUCGUCACCAAAGCCAAGGCAUGGGUGUACUUCAGCCUCCUCCACCGCACCCACGUCCCACCCACCUCACGCACCACACCGCGGACCAUUCAUUCAACCCAUCCCACACAUUACGAUGCUCAUUUACUAACCCGCUCCUCCCGCGCGCACCCAGGGUCCUUUUCCUCUUUCUACCUCUGCCUCACUUCUACAACCAAUACCAAUCAACUAUCUAAACAACCCCCCAAACACUCUUCAUUUGUCUCUCUCGCCUGCACAACUGGGAUUUCCAAAUUCGUCACCGAGAUCUUGCGAGAACGAACCGUCGCCUACGCCCGCGACAACACCAACAAGACCACCUUACCCGCGAUUCACGACAAGAUGGACCUCAAUUUCCAACUUGCCGCCCGUCAGGUUUCUGCCUGUGCUCUCUAG